GCACUUCCCGGGGCAGCCCCCGCUGCCCGGCCCUGCGGAGCCGCCGCCGAGGGACGCACAACGACCCCACCACCGGCCGGAGCCGCCGCCGGGGAGCGACCUGUCAGGGCACCUCGCAGGCCGGCCCCGAGAACCCUUCCCACGCGUCGGUUUGUCCCCGGGAGAAGGCGAGUUGGGAGCCUCUCCAUGCCUUAUCAAGUUCCUUAUCUGAGCGGCUCCCAGAAGCUGUAGAGCAGUUCAGCUUUAUCUGGUGUAAGGGAGAAAAACAGUGUAGCUCUCGCACUCCAUCCUGUGUCGAGGACCACCUAUUCUGCUGGGGUUUAUCACACGAAGAUGAUGAAAUGCGGAUUGCUGAGUGAACCAUUAGGUCCCUGUUGUGAAACGAGGGCUUUGUAUUCGCCUUCCAGUUCCUGAUCUGUGCCGUGUGUGAGAGGACGCUAAUCUUUCUCCUUCAUCCCCCUUCCCUAAACCUUUCCUUGCUUCCAUGUUGCAUUGGUCAGACUUUUGGUCAGUGUUGUUUACGGAAGGAGGGGGGAAGAAGGCAGUUGAGGUUACAAACAAAAGUACUUGUAUGACUCAUUUACUUGGAUUUAAGACAUUGUAUCCUUCUUUCACGGGGCCUUUGCUUCUCUCUGAAGGAAUCAGAUGCUUUUUCCUAUUCUUCCAGACGAGGAUGGAUUGAAAGUUGUACGUUUUAGACUUUUUUUGGGCCACUGCUGAUAUUAUUAAAAGACAUAAUGGGACUUUUUCACUGGAUUAUUGCCAGAAUUAGUUUACACACUGAAACAAUGAGUUGUUAGGCCUCUCAUAUGAUAAUAUUUGUCCUGCUUUAAUAUAAAGUUGCUGUGGAGGUGUUUUUAAAAUUGCGGAGGACAGUCUGCAUCAGAAGAGGCUCUCUUCAUCUCUGGUUGGUGUGGCAACCACAAUCUGUCCUCGAUGCCUUCAGCCUUGGCCAUCUUCACUUGCCGCCCGAACUCCCACCCGUUUCAGGAGCGUCAUGUCUACCUGGACGAGCCUGUCAAGAUCGGCCGCUCGGUGGCUCGCUGCCGGCCAGCCCAGAACAAUGCCACCUUUGACUGCAAGGUGCUCUCCAGGAACCAUGCUCUGGUCUGGUUUGAUCACAAGACAGGCAAGUUCUAUCUUCAAGACACUAAAAGUAGUAAUGGUACCUUUAUUAAUAGUCAGAGACUGAGUAGAGGAUCUGAGGAAAGCCCACCAUGUGAAAUUAUGUCAGGUGACAUAAUCCAGUUUGGUGUAGAUGUGACGGAGAACACGCGGAAAGUGACCCAUGGAUGUAUAGUCUCCACAAUCAAACUGUUCCUUCCAGAUGGAAUGGAAGCUCGAUUGCGAUCAGAUGUUAUCCAUGCGCCAUUACCAAGUCCUGUUGACAAGGUUGCUGCUAACACUCCCAGUAUGUAUUCUCAGGAAUUGUUUCAGCUUUCACAGUAUCUACAAGAAGCCUUACAUCGGGAACAAAUGUUGGAACAGAAGCUGGCAACCCUUCAGCGACUACUUGCUGUCACACAAGAGGCUUCAGAUACUAGUUGGCAGGCUUUAAUAGAUGAAGACAGGCUGCUAUCAAGACUAGAGGUUAUGGGAAAUCAGUUGCAAGCUUGUUCAAAGAAUCAAACAGAAGACAGUAUACGAAAAGAGCUUAUAGCAUUACAGGAAGACAAACACAACUAUGAGACAACAGCCAAAGAGUCCCUGAGGCGGGUCCUUCAGGAGAAAAUUGAAGUGGUCAGAAAACUAUCUGAAGUGGAGCGGAGUUUAAGUAACACAGAAGAUGAAUGUACACACCUGAAAGAGAUGAAUGAGCGGACUCAGGAAGAAUUAAGGGAAUUAGCUAAUAAGUACAAUGGAGCUGUAAAUGAAAUUAAAGAUCUUUCUGACAAGCUAAAGGUAGCAGAAGGAAGACAAGAAGAAAUCCAACAAAAAGGACUGGCUGAGAAAAAGGAAUUGCAGCAUAAAAUAGAUGAAAUGGAAGAAAGAGAGCAAGAGCUUCAAGCAAAAAUAGAAGCUUUGCAGGCUGAUAACGACUUCACCAAUGAGCGGCUGACUGCUUUACAAGUACGGUUAGAACACCUGCAAGAGAAAACUCUUAAAGAACACAACAGCUUAGGCAUACAAGUUGACGACUUCAUACCUAAAAUUAAUGGGAGCACAGAGAAAGAGCACUUUCUUUCAAAGAGUGGAGGGGACUGCACUUUUAUUCAUCAAUUCAUAGAAUGUCAGAACAAGAUCAUAGAUGAAGGACAUCUAACCAAAGUGGAAGAAACAAAGCUUUUGAAAGAAAACCAAGCACGAGUCAAAGAAUCGAACGAUUUGUCUGACACCCUUAGCCCAAGCAAGGAAAAAAGCAGCGACGACACUACAGAUGCUCAAAUGGAUGACCAAGAUCUAAAUGAACCUAUUGUCAAAGUAGCUCUUCUAAAAGAUGAAUUGCAGGGUGCACAAUCAGAAACUGAGGCUAAGCAAGAAAUUCAGCAACUGCACAAGGAGCUGAUUGAAGCCCAAGAGCUAGCUAGGACAAGUAAACAAAAAUGCUUUGAACUUCAAGCUCUCUUGGAAGAAGAGAGAAAAGCAUAUCGAGUGCAAGUUGAAGAAUCCAACAAGCAAAUAAAUGCCCUGCAAGCUCAGUUGCGAAGGUUACAGGAAGAAAUUGAGAAUCUUCGCAAGGAGAAGGAGAAUGAAAUUUCAGCCACUCGAAAUGAACUAGUCAGUGCUCAAAAUGAGAUUCUGUCACUUCAAAAAGUAGCAGAAAAAGCAGCCUCAGAACGAGACACAGAUAUUUCUGCCUUGCAAGCUGAGCUGCAGACAGUGCGAGCAGAGCUUGACCGCUGGAGGAACGAUGCCUCGGACUAUGAAAAAGAAAUUGUCAAUCUGCAGUCCCGGUUCCAGCUCAAGUGCCAGCAGUGUGAGGAGCAGCAGAGGGAGGAGGCCUCUCGCCUGAAAGAUGAACUUGAAAAGCUGAAGGCAGAGUGGAUUGCUCUGGAAGCUGAAUGUGUUAAACUGAGGAAGGAAAAUACUUCACUUACAUCUGAACUUCAGCGACAAGAGAAGGAGCUUUCUAGCUCUCAGAAACAGAGUUUAGCACUAACCAGCGAUAUAAGUGUUCUUGAAAUGUCUCGGAAGGAACUUGAAAAUCAGAUGGGAUCACUGAGAGAAAAACAUCAGCGGGAUGCAGCCAGUCUGAAAACUCAACUCAGUGAAGCUGAAAGUCAAGCAAAAGAUUUUCAGAAAGAGUAUGAAAGAACACAGACUGUGCUCUCAGAGCUGAAGGCCAAGUAUGAGGUGGCUGAACAACAAAACCAGUCACUCACGGAGGAGCUCAAACAAUGUAAAGAAAACCUGAAGCUGCUACAAGAAAAAGGAAACAAUCCUUCCAUAUUACAACCCGUCCCAGCCGUAUUCAUCGGCCUAAUCCUGGCUUUCCUGUAUUGGUGUUACGGCCCAUUGUGGUAGCGAAAGAACUGCUCCUGGAAAGCAGAAACAAACCCUAGUAAUUGCUCUAUGUCCCUGGAGUCCUUAACAGAGCAUCUGCAGACAUGACAGGAACACGACCUGCUCCGGGAUCCCUGCAGUUUCAGCCAUGGCAGAGAUCAGUUCAUGCCUUCCUGUUUCAGUGCUCUGUGUGUGCCCGCUGCUGCGGCACUGCAAAGAAGAUGACUUUAUUUUCCUGCUGCAAAGAGGUUGAAAUCUUAACAUCCUGAACAUAUGGAAGGAGAUUUUUCUCUGACUGUCAAAAAUCUCAUAAAAUGUAAGCUGGGGGGAGAGGGGAGGCCACGUGCAUGCUCAAUGUUCAAGAAGAACCUAUUUGUGCUCAGUGUAAUGACAAUAUUUUUCAGUUGCAACUCUCCUGUGCAGAAGUUUAAUCUCCCUACUGUGGACAGAGUGAGAGCAAUGAGAGCUACAUCACUUUUAACAUGGCCAGUUUUCUAAGAACAAAAGCAAUCUGUGUCAAGUAUGUGAUUUGGGUCAUUUUUGCACCUUGUUUUUGGUCUGUGAUUCUAUUUAUGCCCUGGCCAGUUCUUCCACUCCCCAGCCUUGAAAGAAAGUACUUGUGGUUGAUAACUAAGAGCAAAGAGACUGGUUUCCUAGAUCUGAUCUGAGCACCAUUGCCUUUAUUUAUGUAAACAGUGACAUCAUCUUCUAUUGCAGAACGGGAACCCUGAACAGUUACAGGAGAGCAAAUUUGGGAAGUGUCCUUAUAAGACAAGUAUGAUUCAUCUUCCAAUGUGUACAUUUCAGAAAGAUGCUGUAUCCUGAGUCAGAUAAGUUCUGUGAAUCUGACUUUACUCCAGCUCAAACUGUCAUGUAUUAGCAAAAAUUAAUCACUUUUUUUUCCUUUUAAACUAUUUGAAAAGUGGUGCUUGCAGCCUGCUGGGAGUGUUCAGAGCAGCAGACUCAGCUUUUUUGUCCCCUUUCAGCUUCUCCAGAAAUCUGCUUUUGCACUCCUCCAAAAGCCUUUUGUGAGUGGUGCCUGACCCAUCCAGUGACGGUAAGGGCUGCCUUGUUCCUGGGAUUCAGUGUCAGUCAGCCAGGGAUGGUGUUCAGGGCAUGCUGAACUGCCAGUAAAGCACUUGGUUCCCUUCUGGGGGAGUUUGCUGAUGCCUGUUAGAAAAUCCCACCACAGCCAGGGUCAGUCUCUUCUCCAUCACACAGCAUGGGGAAAUAUGCAUCCUUUCUGGCCAGAGCUGGAAAAGCAAAACCAUAGAGCACAGUAUGGCUGAGCUGCUGCCAGGGGUGAACAUCUGCUCUACAGCUUGUCAUUCAGCCCUUAAAGAUGUUCUGUGAGCAGCCAAGAGCUCUGGCCUGGCUGGGUUCCUGCAUCUGUUUUGUACCUGAAUGGGAAAUCGCUCUCUCCAAAGGGAAGGGCUGCAGAUUGGCAGGCUCCCUCUCUGUGCCAGCUGCACGUGUGCAGCACUGCAUGGACCUGCUCCUGGAGAGAGAAAACCCUGCUUUCUCCUCACCUGGAUUUUCUGUGCCAUAUUCACUGAGAAGAACUGCUCCUGUAGUGAAUCACCAUGAGGGAAGUAGACAAAAGCUCCCCAUUUCCUAGGACCUGCCCUGCUGCAGGGACAUGUGUCUGUGCCUCUUCUUGCUGUUAGGAAGUGACUACAUCUGUGCUGGUCAGGCAGGGACAGGAGGCUGAAAGUUCUUUGGGUUGGAUUUGUUUGUUUGUUUAGAAAUUAACAAGUGUUUAGCAAGCAUUAGUGAUUGUUUCCAGUGAAUUUACUUCCAAACUUGGCCUCGUGUCAUGGGAAAGGCUGGGGUUAAGUGCUGUUGGACAUUGGGAGGUGCCAUGGCCCAGUGUCCCCCAGCCGUGUCCCAAACCAGAGACCCUUCUGUCCUCUCUGAAUUGUUUUCUCCAUGAAUGAAGGCAAAUGUUGCAUUACAGGGGCAGAACAGCAUCCCCCAACCUUCCUUGUCUAGAAGCUGUUGCCACUUUUCCUUGGCUUUAAGCCAUGGCUGGCUCAGCCAACCCUUGGUUCAGAUUCCUGAUUUCUCUGCUCUGCUCGGUGCCUUUUCCCGUUGUCCCCAUCAGCCUGGGCUGGCCCUGCCAAAGGCUCUGGUGCUGCUGAGCUGCUUUGGGGAGGUUACCAGCUUGCUUUUCAUGGCUUCUGCCAGGUUUCACUUCUCUAAUGCCUGAGUUUCACAUUUAAACCUGAGGAAAAUCACAUCUGAAGGUGUUGUGGCUUUCCAGCUCCCUUUGGGAGGGUGGCUCCCUGAUGGCACUUUGUGCUUUGUUUUGAGCUUACCAAGCGUCUUCACCCUCAUCUCAAAGCAGCAGCUUUAUAAAACCAGCUGGCAGAAGUGAGAUGGUUUGGGGCAUCUCACAAACAUGCACCAGUUCCUCACUGGGGCCAAAUUACAGCAGGGCCCCAAACAGAUGCUCAGUGUGCCCAGAGCUCAGGGCUGCUGCCCUGGCUGACAUGCAGGGCAAGCAGCUUUCACUCCUCCUGUUUCCAGGAAGGUGAGUAGAUUUGGACCAGUUUGGGAGAAGCUGAUGCUCAUUUGGAGAAGAUUUUGGGUGCCAUCUUCAUGUGAUGAUUCUCAGUAGUAUCCUUGAGAUACCAUUUAUUCAGAAGAUUUGCUGUGCCUGCUAACUUUAGGGAUGUGUUUCUUGCCUGGUCUUACUAUGAUCCUGGUGAGCCAUCUGGAAAUUUCAUCCUGUGAUUACUCCAGGAUCUGGAAGACCUUUUGUAACUACUAAUCCUAGAAACAGAUUUUUCCUUCAUCCUGUCUGUCAACACAGCCUUUAACUUAUUUUUAUGGGCUUCAGCACAUGUUUGAAGCAUCACUGCCUUAGGAUACAAUUUAUUUUUGCCAGAGUAUCUCAGUGCUCCUUAUAUCUACUUAUAGCACUUUCUGAGGAACAGCUGUUUUGUGGGUAUUUAUUAGGAUCUUCUGUGUCCUUCAAAACUUGACACAUCUCUGUUUCACACCUAGAACAGGACUCAGUGUGACUUAGCAUGCCAUGAGCAUGAGAUCCUAGGAAAUUAUGCUUUUUGCUGCCAUGUAUUUUGCUGCAAAAAAAAUUGAGUAAUGUUCUCAUUGGUAAGAUGUGAUAAAUGUUUCAUUUAAAAAUAUUGAUGCAAUUAAGGCA